AUGAUAAUAUUUCUUCUCCUUGUCUCAUUAUGCCUUAGUUUUGAUUCUUCAAAAUAUUUUAAAACGUCUAUUGAGACAAGAAUAAUAUGUACUCGAGGAGAAGGUGUUUCAAUGUUUUUAGAAGAAGAAGUAAAAAAUUAUCCAAUGAUAAUUUUCAUGAUAAAUCAACAAAAAAAAGAUAUUAUGAAAUUUUAUAAUAUUGCUGGUGAUGUUAUUGAAGAAUUAGACAUUUCAAAUUAUUCAUUAAAUGAAAUAGUUGAUGUUCUUGAUGAAAGAGGAUUUAGACAAUUUUAUAAAGAAAAAUAA